GCAAGUUGGAAUUGAAAUCAAAGAUUUUGGACAAAGUUGGAGGAGUGGUGUUGCAUUUCAUUCCGUUAUUCAUGCUAUCCGCCCAGAUUUAGUGGACAUGGAGAAAGUGAGGGAAAGGUCAAACAGAGAAAACCUGGAAGAAGCCUUCACACUUGCAGAAGCGGAACUAGGCAUUCCAAGGCUCCUUGAUCCAGAAGAUGUGGAUGUUGACAAGCCAGAUGAAAAGUCUGUCAUGACCUAUGUAGCCCAGUUUUUGAAGUACUAUCCUGAUCCUCAUCAUACGGUGACUGAUGUACAGGACAAUGAUGAACUUCAAGCAAUCCCAACUUUUGUCAUUUCUUUUAUGAAAUUUAAGAAGGAAGACAGACUGAUGCUGAGAGACCUAAAAGUGUGGGCAGAACAAUUUGAAAGAGACUUAGCCCGAGCACAGGUGGCAGAAACAAGCUUACAGGAGAAAUACCAGUCAUAUAAGCAUUUCAGAGUACAAUAUGAGGGAAAAAGGAAACAGAUUGAACUUGUAACCCAGUCAUUAAGGAAAGAUGGUAAAUUAUCACUUGAUCAAGCUAUGGUGAAGCAAGCGUGGGACAGAGUUUCUUCCAGGCUACUUGAUUGGCACAUACACCUUGAUAAAUCUCUUCCUGCACCUUUGGGUACCAUAGGUGCUUGGCUCUACAGAGCAGAGGCUGCUCUGAGGGAAGAAGUAACUGUUCAGCAAGCUCAUGAAGAAACAGCGAAUAUAAUACACCGGAAGCUUGAACAACAUAAGGAUCUGCUGAAAAACAUAGAUGGUCACAAAAAGACAUUCCAUGAGAUCCACGGGGCCAGGUCUGUUAACGGAGUGCCUGUUCCGCCUGACCAGUUAGAGGAUAUGGCAGAGAGGUUUAAUUUUGUUGUCUCUUCAUCUGAGCUCCAUCUGUUGAAGAUGGAGUUUCUGGAACUGAAGUACCGUCUACUGUCACUCUUAGUCCUUGCAGAAUCAAAGUUAAAAUCAUGGAUUAUCAAAUAUGGAAGGCGAGAGUCAGUGGAACUACUUCUUCAAAAUUAUAUUUCUGUUAUUGAAAAUAGUAAGUUCUUUGAGCAGUAUGAAGUUACUUACCAGAUCUUGAAAAGAGCAGCUGAGAUGUAUGCCAAAGCAAAUGGCUCAGUGGAAGAAGUUGAGAAUGUGAUGAAAUUCAUGAAUGAAACAACAGCACAGUGGAGGAACCUCUCCGUAGAGGUGAGAAGUGUGAGAAGCAUGUUGGAAGAAGUAAUUGCUAAUUGGGACAGAUAUAGCAGCACCGUGGAAGGUCUACAAGCUUGGCUGGAAGAUGCUGAAAAAAAGCUGAAUCAACCUGAACAUUCUAAAAAGGAUUUCUUCCGGCACUUACCUCAUUGGAUCCAACAGCACACAGCCAUGAAUGAUGCUGGUAAUUUUCUGAUUGAAACAUGUGAUGAGACCAUUUCCAGAGACCUUAAACAGCAGCUUCUGUUACUAAAUGGAAGAUGGAGAGAAUUGUUUAUGCAAGUUAAGCAGUAUGCUCGAGCAGAUGAACUGGACAAAUUGAAGAAAGAAUACUUGGAUGGGGUUGCCCAUUUGACAGCUUUUAUUGAUGGAAGCAAUAGCAAAUUUUCAGUCCCUGUAGAAGUGUCCUUCCUUGAUGUCAAAAUGUUUGUACAAGAUUUAGAAAAUAUUAAGCAGAAAUUGCCUGCGAUGGAAGCUCAGUACAAAAUGGUUACUAGAACAGCGCAAAUUGUUACAAAAGAAGUUUCCCAACAGGAAGUGAAUGAAAUGCUUGGAACUUUGACAAGGAUCAAAGAGCAGCUGAGCAAGGUUAAGGAGUAUUCCUGUGCCCUGCUGUAUGAAUGCCAGCAUCUGCUGUCUCCACUGGAAGAACUGGAGAAACAAAUCACACAUUUUUAUGAAUCUCUUGAAAAAGUCAAUGAAAUAAUUUCUAUCCUGGAUCCUGAAGCACAACCUACAACUGUUCUUAAACAAAAAGCCCAAGUAAGUUUCAAAAACAUCUCACAAAGAUCUCCUGCCUCUGAGUAUUUACA